AUGGAAUUUGCGACUGAUGGUUUUAGCUUGGGAGAGCUAAAUGGUGUUAAGACUUUGAUUUUGAAUGAGUCUCCAUCAGCAUAUUGCAUUUACUGUUUCGCUCACCAAUUACAAUUAACAUUAGUGGCUCUUGCACAAAAGCAUUCAGAUGUAGAUGACUUUUUUUGUAUAGUUACUAAUGUCUUAAAUAUUGUUGGAGCAUCUUUUAAGCGCAGGGAUUUGCUUCGAGAACAUCAAGCUGAAAAAUUAGAGGAGUUGCUCAAAUCAGGUGAAGUGCAUACUGGACGAGGAUUAAAUCAAGAACGUGGGCUUCAACGACCAGGUGAUACUCGUUGGGAUUCUCAUUAUAAAACGUUGGAUAACCUUAUUGUCCUAUUUCCAUCGAUUAUUCAUGUACUUGAAUUUACUGCACGUGAGUGUCCAAACUAUGCCGACAGAAUUGUUGCUGAAAGUCUUAUGGGCAAGAUUAAGGAAUUUGAUUUUGCUUUUAAGUUGCACUUGAUGUUAAAAGUUUUAACAAUGACAAAUGAGUUGAACUUUGCAUUACAAAUGAUGAAUCAAGAUAUUGUCAAUGUUAUGGGACUCCUUGCUCUUACAAAGCAACGAUUACAAACGAUGAGGAAUAGUGAAUUUGGAUUUUUAAUGGAAGAUGUCUCUUCUUUCUGUGAUAAACAUGGUAUAAUAAUUCCAAAGAUGGACACUCGCUACUUUCCUGGGAAGUCGAAGCGUAGAGCUCUUGAGGUUACAUAUUCUCAUUAUUUGCGUGUCGACAUUUUUUAUGCUGUUAUAGAUUUACAUUUUCAAGAGCUUAACUGUCGCUUUGAUGUUGUGAGUACUGACUUACUCCUCGGUAUGGCUAGCUUAAAUCCAGUUAAUUCAUUUGGUAAUUUUGAUACGAACGGGAUAAUGAGGUUGGAUGAAUAUUAUCCGAAUGAGUUUGAUAGCAUCAAGCUUCGAGAUCUCAGUUGUCAGCUUGAUAGUUUUAUAGUCUAUGCCCGUGGUGUUGACAAGAGGUUCUUUGGCAUGAAGGGAAUUAGUGAUCUUGCUAAAGUGUUGGUUAAGUAA